AUGAACCAAGGUUAUUUGAAAGAAAUCCGGGGCGACAAGAAUCGACACUGCUAUUGGGGCAAUGCGGACCUCACGCCUGGUGAUUUUCCUGGGCCCCCACCUCCGCCACCACAGCAGCAAAGACCUGCUGGCGGUGGCGGCGCCGGCAGCAAGGGAUUCGGGAAAGGUGGGUACGGGGGCUACGGCGCCCUUGGUGCUGCCGGUGGAGCUUACGGCGGCUACGGCGGGUAUCCUCCCCCGGGCGGUGGCGGCUACGGACCCUCGGAAGAGAUCGAAGUUCUCAGAUGGCACCUGCACGGGCCCAUGAAGUUUCACACUACACUCUGUUCGCAGCUGCAGGCCACGGCUAGGGCUGGGACAGUUUGCAACUGGGAUGGAUCACCCCCGACACUUGAAGCAUCCAUGUGUACGGAAAGCUGUUGA